GCCGGCGGCGGCCAGAUGCAGGCGGAGCGAGGAGCUCGGGGCGGCCGGGGACGGCGGCCCGGCCGCGGCCGGCCCGGCUGGGAGCGCGACCGCGAGCGGGCGGGGGCCGCGGCGGUGGCGAGAGGCGGCGGCGGCGGCGGCGGGGAUGGAGGCGGCCGCCGGGGCCGCGGCCGGGGCUUCCGGGGCGGCCGCGGAGGCCGAGGAGGAGGCGCCCCGCGAGGCGGCCGCCGGGACCCGGGAGGCCGGGGCGCCGGGGCCACCGCACCGGUGGAAGAUGACAGUGAUGCAGAGACCUAUGGAGAAGAGAAUGAAGAGCAGGGAAAUUAUUCUAGAAGGAAGAUAGUCUCUAACUGGGAUCGAUAUCAAGAUACUGAAAAAGAGGUCGAUAAUGAAAGUGGAGAAUCACAGAGGGGGACAGAUUUCAGCGUUCUCCUCAGCUCUGCAGGGGACUCCUUCUCGCAGUUCCGGUUUGCCGAGGAAAAGGAGUGGGAUGGUGACGUUUCAUGUCCCAAACAGAAUCCAGCAUUCUACGUGGACUGUGAGUCACUGGCGCGAGCCCUUCAAGAGCUGCCUCUCUCCCUCCGACUCAACAUUGCUGCUGAAUUGGUUCAGACCGCCCUGCCUUUAGAGCUUCCUCAGGUGAAACCAAAGAGAAAUGAUGAUGGCAAGGGACUAGGGAAGCAGUUAAAGGGGCCCUUGGGGCCUGGAGGAAAGGGGUCCCUCUCUGAGCUGAAAUCCGCCGCUGCUGGCUGUGCCACCUACCCGGGUAAAGGUCACCCAGGACCCGGCCCUUCCCAGGGUCCGCAGAACCCUGCUAUCCUGCUGCUGUCGGCAGUGGACCAUUUGGAAGAAGAGCUGGAUCUGCUGCUUAAUUUAGAUGCGCCUGUAAAAGAGGGAGGCGACCUCUCAUCAGACCAGACAGCUCAGGACCUGGGAUCCGAGAAAGAUGGGGAAGCAGCCCAAGAAGAAAAAGAUCCUGCAAGAGCAUCCGUGUUGGAGGAAAAGAACGUGGAGUCGAAGCAACCAAGUAUAUCAAAAAGUGUUACCGAGGAAGAGCUUGAAGACUGGCUGGACAGCAUGAUUUCCUAAUAACAAAAGAAAAACAGACAGAAAAAGUACCUGAAGCCAACUUGGGCUGCCUUGUGCAGGAGGGCCCCAGGCUGUCCAAGAACAGCUGGCUGCCACGCACGCCCCGAGCCAGUGUGUCCGUCAUGCUUAGUGCGGUAACGCCUACCUCUGUUCAGCAGCAUCCAACAGAAUACAUUUAAGAGGCUCAUUGUAUUUGUUCUCUGGCUUAGUAAUUGGGUAGAUUUCUUAAGGGCGGGAGAUGUUAAGGCCCUUGUUUCUUCCUCUCACUGUGCGAUAAAGAGCAGGUGCGCUGAUAAAGAGAAGCGUCCCAAGCAACCAGGCAUGCAUUUGGCCAAAAUAAACAAAUGCUGGUCUGUG